AUGAGGGAGGCCUUACUUCUGAAGCUGCCUUUCUCUUUGCCUUCGUACCUCGGCUCAGUUUUCACGGCAGCUUCAGCCAGGAACCACAUGCAGAAUGUCUUGAAGACAACGAAGGUGAAUUCAAAACGUGUACUCCUUUCUGUUUUUCUUUCUCACUUUUUCUGCUCCUGCAUGGUGAAAGAAAAAGGACAACCCGUUCGGCGGCAAACAUGUAACCCUGAGGAUACCAGCAGUGCAUCCUUGAAAAUAGUCACAACGACCUUCGCGCUUUUAAAAGUCGUUGGGCAAAGUGUAACAAGGUAUUAAAAUGUUAUCUCCGCUAUUGCUGUUGGGUACGGUUGUGUCCAUAAUGGGCGGCUACGUGCCGCCCGGGCCAAGAUUCGGUUGCCCCAAAGACGCGAUUUAUAUUUAUCCCUGCACUUGUCUUCGGGGCAGUGACAGAGGUUUAUACAUCCGUUGUGAGAAUACGAAUCUGGCCAGUCUCAGCAUUGCCUUCACGAAUCUGGGAAACGAGGGCAUGCCGAUCGAGGAACUGGUUCUAUAUAAAUGUAACAUAGUACGAUUCUACGGGCCCGCUCUGUAUCCAUUGGAUGUGCGAGUGCUUAAGUUCAUCGAUACGCCAUUGAGAUUGAUCGAAGAGCACAGUUUUCUUGGCGUGAACCGAACUCUUCAGGAGCUUUAUGUAAUAAACAGCAAUUUGGAAAAAUUUCCUCGUGAAGCACUGCAGAUCCUCGGCAAUCUUAGCCUGUUGAGCAUCACGGGGCAUCGGAUAUCUACCUUGCCGGGAAAUAGUUUUGGUGAAAGCGCGGCGGCUGCGAAGCUAGAAAAAUUGGAGAUUAGUAACGGUACACUUUCUUCCUUGCCUGUGGAAGCAUUAACGCCACUCAAAAAACUUAAAACUCUUGAUCUUCACGGCAACAAGAUAAAAGACUUGAAGAGGAAUCAAUUCAAAGGUCUAAGAGACACCGAGUUCUUGGAUAUCUCUCACAAUUUAAUUGACAAGUUAGAUCCGUCUCAUUUGGCCGAUCUUGUCAAGAUGGGAUGGUGCAACAUAUCGCAUAAUGCUAUCGCUGAUUUGAAAAGAGGAACCUUCGCUCGGAAUUCUGUCUUGAAGGUCUUGAAUUUGAGCCACAACAAAAUCAGGAAACUUGAUUCAAACACUUUCCGUGGCAUGCGUUUUCUUAGACGGUUAUAUCUGAGUGACAAUCAAAUCGACGACGUGGGUCGUGGAACUUUCGGUUCUGUUACCAGAAUCGGCACCGUCGAUCUUUCCCGGAACUUCAUUAAGAAAAUCGACUUCCAAAUGUUCAAUCAGUUACAAUUUGCUGAGCUUAUAGAUGUUUCCGAGAAUUUCGUGACUAUCGUGGAGAAAUUGGCGUUCAAAGAUAUCUAUUUGGCAAAAGUGAAUCUGUCUCAUAAUGAAAUUUCGAAGAUCGAAUCAGGCGCUUUCGAGAAUUGUGCGAAUAUUACAUUAUUGGAUAUCAGUCACAACAAGCUCGAGAAUAUCUCAAAGUACUCUUUCGAUAGUGCAUCGUAUGCUAUGGAAUUACAACUUAGUUAUAAUCUAUUAACGUCUCUAAAUCAGAUUCCAAUGCACAACAUGACGGGGCUGAAAAUCUUAAAUGUUUCCCACAAUCUGAUACAUUCCGUUCCACGACAGACUUUUCCAAAGCUAAUAAAACCAUCGACGUUCGGACCGCUGCCGACACUUCUAGAACUCGAUAUGAGUUACAAUCAAUUAAAUGACGUUGCACGAGGUAGUCUCACUCGAUUAGCCAGUUGCAGGAGUUUAACGGUAAAAAAUAAUCGUUUGACAAAGAUUUUCCAAUUGCCAAUUUCUCUGGGUCAUUUGGACUUCUCGGAGAAUCUGCUGGAAGAGAUUCCGAGCAUCGACGUGUGGCCUACGAUGAAUGCAUUACUCUCGCUGGAUCUUUCGCGGAAUCGGCUGGGCGAUAACCUGCAAGAGGGGAGCUUCGAAAACCUGCUAACCUUGAGAAUCUUAAACCUGCAAGCGAAUAACAUUACAAAGCCGCCUUGGCAAGCACUCGGCGGUCUGAGCAGUCUGCAGUAUCUUUAUCUACAGGAUAAUUACUUGACGAAAUUGGAAAAAGCCGCCUUCGGCCGUCUACCGAUAGUAUUUGAGCUGAACUUGGCGAACAAUAAAAUAAAUAACAUAACGAGCCGGGCAUUCGAGGGCCUGUUGCAGCUGCUAACGUUGAACUUGACGAACAACAAUAUCAGCUACAUACCAAACGGCGCGUUUCAGGGUCUAGUAUCUUUACGAACACUCGACCUAUCGUAUAAUAAAUUGGAGAAGCUGGACAACAAGACGCAUGGACUGCUCGACGAUUGUCUAUCUCUGGAGAGACUGAACCUUAGCCAUAACGAGAUAUCAUUUAUUACUCGAAAGACCCUUCCAAACGAUCCCUGGAUCCCUUAUAGGCUAAAGGAAGUCGAUUUAUCCUACAAUACAAUGCCGGUCAUUACCUUCGAUUUCAUCGCCGGUGCUAAAAAGAUUCAGUAUUUGAAUCUUUCUCAUAACAACAUUAAUGAGAUCAGGAGAUAUGUAAUCGGGAAUUUAACGGCUUUGCAGACGUUGGAUUUAUCGUACAAUGACAUAAAUGACAUCUCCGAGCAAGAUGUCUUUCUUCCGCCGUUAAAUUUGACCAACUUGCAUCUGAGUAAUAACCAUCUAAGCCAUGUGCCUCUCGACAAGAUUCUACAGCUGCCGAAUCUAAAAGUUUUCGAUCUGGAAGAAAACGAGAUAGGUGUUUUUGAUGAGAAGUUCAUGAAGAUUAUUCAGAACGGCACGGUGUUCAAAUACUCCGGUAAUCCCAUGCAUUGUGAUUGUCAUAUGCGACCAUUGAAGAGAUGGCUAAAAUCUCAAACGCAAUUUCCAACAGAAUGGUCGAACGUGAUGUGUAAAAGUCCGAAUUAUCUCGCAAAUAAAUAUAUCUCGGAAGUAACCGAGGAUCUUACGAACUGCGGCGAGAGGGAUAUUCAAGAGGAGCCCGAACUUGAUAUCACACCUGAUGUGAAGUAUCGAAGCAUUGAUUACAAUACCGAGGAUAAGAGUUGGAAAGCGACGUGGUACGUAACGUCGCGCGAAGAUAUUGGCGAUUUCUACGUGGUGAUUCGGGAAUCCGGUAGCAGCAAAUCCAUGCUCGAAAAGGAUGUCGUUUACAGCGAGAGAUCCUUCAAAAUCAACGAUCUGAAGAGAUCGAACACCAAAUACGAGCUCUGCGUGCUCGCGCGCGACUCCGAAGGGAACGUCAAGCACUAUAGAAAUUCGCAGUGUCAGAUUUUAAAUCAGCACUCCAGCUCGACCGAUAGUCUCAGGGCGAGCCUGUACUUCGUGAUAGUCGCUGCUUCCUUUUGCACUCUUAUGAGAUUUCGUUAACCUGACGAAAUUAGUAUUCGUAGUACUUAGAAAAAUAUCUUACAUUUCGUGGAGAUAGUAAGAUAAAAACAGGAAGUUAUUAUCUUUAAGUAUCGCUGGUUAAAUUUCCGAUUGUUCUGCUAUUUUAGAUUUUUAUCUAUGUCGCGUUGAAGCGCGAUAAGCGAUGUGAUUUUGUACAAUAAAUUAAUAUGUAUAUUCCUCGAAAAGGUGCCCAGUAAACAAGCUGACGUUAUUUAUCGUUAUUUUAAUGUCAAAAUGAUAUCUCGAAAUGAUGUCAAAAUGACGACAAGAAUUUCAACUUGUUUGCUGGGUGAUAUACUGUGUGCGUUGUACAUAGAAUAUAUUGUAUUUUGCUCGGAAGUAGGGACGUUGAACGUCGUGUAUUUAUUUUUGUAAAAUAUAUACCUUU